GCGCGUUCUGGUGUUGUUUUCGCCACUCGUUUCGCGAUUCUGUCGACCUGCUCAGUCUUAGCAGCCCACGCCUCUCCUUUGCCCACCCAGAUACCCACUUGAACACGUUUAUCUUUUGCAUCGUGCUCCGAGUCUAUCACCUUUUGCUUGAACCCGUGUAGCAGGCCCUUUGUACUCGCGGAGAAGCGAUAUGGUCCAGCACCUUUGACCUCUCUUUGUUCUUGGAGCAUUGACCCACCAUUUGAUACCACGAAUUGAUAUAAAUACCCCUCCCUCUCAGUGAUAUCCACAUCACCGCAUUUCAUUGCUUCUUCAUCCUUUCACAGUCAUCCACAGCUACACAACAACAAUGUCUACCACAAUCGAACGAGCGUUGACUUCACUCGUCCGAGCGCAGCAACCCAUCACAGUUGUUAACGUCCUAUCUGCUUAUCUUCAGAUCGCAGGCUUCGCAACCGAACCAUCUGCGGCGUCAGAGGAUGCCAUUCUUGCGUUCGAGCACGCUCUGGAUAAACAUCCCGCUCCUCCACCAAUGCGAACCACUCGUAAUGGCAAGAUUGUUCCCAGUUCCAACGUUCCUGCCACAGGCCGCCGCAAAUAUAGCGCUGACGUCGCGCGGCUCCGAGAGGAGUAUUGGAAGGACAAGCUGGGCAAAUCUGCCAAACUGAAGUGCACUUGCGCAGAUUGCGGGGGCUUUGUGGGAUAUGUUGAGAAUGGUCAUGUAGUCGACGACCAUUCGUCGCAGAAGAAGCGCGUUGUUAAGAAGCGUAAGACAAAGAAGCGUGUUGUUAAGCGUGUCCACGAGAGCGAAACCACCUGGGACCCGUAUGCUCCAUCUACCAGCACUUUUGUUUUGUAGUCAAUUCUAUUUUCUUCUAUUCCAAACUGGCUGACAUUCCCUGUCAGUCGUUCAUUCAUUCCAUUCCUUGAAGUUUGUAUCAUACCAUUGCCUAGACUCGCCUUCAUCUUACUCCUUGUCGUACUUAGGUUUUUUCCAACUCACAUGCUUUCUUACUCACUUUAAUACGGUCGGAUUUGUAACACAGUGCUUACUCGCUCACCAUUCUAUUUUCUUUACAAUGCGACAGAGCUUCUAUGUGGCCGGUACAACUCAGCUAGGUACGCGUUGAGAAUGAACCCCACUGACGAGU